GUCGCCGACUUGACAAAAAUGACCCGCUCGAACGCGUCCAGCGUGUCGGUUUUUUGGAACUGCGAUAGCAAGCCGCCCUGUCUCCGCAGUGUAUUCUGGGUACUCACAGUAGAUUCAAGAUGGCGGCGAGCAGGAGACUGCACAAGGAACUUGAAGAGAUUCGCAAGUCUGGAAUGAAAAACUUCCGAAACAUUCAAGUGGAUGAAUCCAACAUACUGACCUGGCAAGGUCUCAUUGUCCCUGACAACGCACCUUAUGACAAGGGAGCUUUCAGGAUUGAAUUAAUCUUCCCCGCCGAGUACCCCUUCAAGCCCCCCAAGAUCACGUUCAAGACGAAGAUCUACCACCCCAACAUCGACGAGAAGGGACAGGUGUGUCUGCCUGUCAUCAGCGCAGAGAACUGGAAGCCAGCCACCAAAACGGACCAAGUAAUUCAGUCCCUGAUUGCGUUGGUGAACGACCCCCAGCCAGAGCACCCUCUGAGGGCAGACUUAGCAGAAGAAUACUCAAAGGACCGGAAAAAAUUCUUUAAGAACGCGGAAGAGUUUACAAAGAAACAUGGAGAAAGGAGACCAAUGGACUGAUUACUUGACCAGUGUGUAGCCCCCUCUCUCUCCCUUCCCCCCCUCUCUCUUCCUUACCCCCACAACCAAAUGUAUGUCUUCCCCCUCUCUCUCUCUCUCCCUCCCUUCCUCACCCCCACAACCAAAUGUAUGUCUUCUCCUUCCUUCUCUCUGUACCUUCCCCCUCUCUCUCCUCCCUCUCUGUCUCUCUCUCCCUUCUCUCUCUCUCUCCCUUCUCUCUCUCUCUCCUCCCCAUCUCCCCACACAUCCUCUCCUCCAUUCUUCCCUCACACAUACAUGUCAUCCUAGCAGCCUCACCUCAGCGCAUGGCUGCCGACACAGCCUACCCUUUACACAGGACCCUGGAUCAGACAGGUUUCUCCUCCUCCUGGUGAUAGUUCGAGGCCGUUGCUAACUUUCUACUAUUUUCUUAAAUUAAAAUGAAAAAAAAAAAAAAAGGUUAGAUCACUUCCAUGUUAGAGAUGGUGAACGAAUGAGGGGGGGGGGGUAGAAGGAAAUGAUUACAAAAAAAAAAUCCAAUGUUUUAGUUUAGCUGUUAGUUUAAAAAGAGGAAAAACAAGAAAUCACAGCUUGAGUAUCAUAUGCCUCUUGUGGUAGCACUAAUUUGUGGAAGGAGAUUUUUCUGACAGAGAAUGAAAAGUUGUGGUUCUGCUUUUCUUAUUUUCUGUUUCCUGUUCUCUUGUCUCACCUUGGUUUUGUCACACCCCAAAAUGAAACGUUAGCUAGGCCCUGGAAGUGUGUGCUGAAAUGUUAGCUAGGCCCUGGAAGUGUGUGCUGAAAUGUUAGCUAGGCCCUGGAAGUGUGUGCUGAAAUGUUUUUCCCUUCGGACUUCUCUGCUUCUGUAGUUGCACUGUGUUCUGUGGAACAAGCCGUUGUCCAUCCCCCUCAGUUUGAAGCCAGUCCACUGAGCAGACAGAAACAAAAUGGCAACCCAUUCAAUAAGCCAAUAUUGUCAUCGGUUACAAGUGUAAUUGACUGGUGAUAAUUGUCUGUUUUUCUCCCCACUGGUCCAAAAUGCCUUUUUUUUUUAGGAUUGGAAAACGGAAGAAUACUCAAUGUACUUCAGUUUCCAUUAUUUUCUGUUUACGAGGAUGCCCCUCUUUGCAUUGGACAUAUUUUCUCCAUUUGCAUUCUGAGACUUCCUUCUGAAAUACUUUUGGUUAUCUCCCUCUGUGUUUUGUAAGGUCGGCUGUGUACCCCACCCACUGCAGUCUGCUCAAGACAAAGUGUGGAAGUUAAAAUGAUAGUUCUGACUCCUCACAUAUGGCUGUAAGUCUGUUAUCCAGUCCGCUCAUCAUCAUCACUCCCACCCGUAUUGUCAAACGUCACAUACACAUUUCAAAAUCGGAACCCCCACCUCCUUCCUCUCUACAUAAAUAUAAUCUUGUCACCGUGAACCAAAUCUUAUUUGUCAUCACGGAGAGACUAACUCACACGUAUAUAUGUAUAUCUCAGUGGCUGAUAUAGCCACUGGAACAGAACAGCCCCCCCAGGUCUUAGUGAAGGGUCAGACCUGAUUGGGGCAACACCAGGGGACUGAAGUUGAGUCCAAAAUGGCACCCUAUUCCCUUUAGGGUUCUGGCCAAAUUGUAGGGCACUUAUGUGCUGUGUUCAUACGCAGUGCGCUAUAUAGGGAAUAGGGCUCUGGUCUAUAGUAGUGUGCUAUAUAGGGAAUAGGGCGCUGGUCUAUUGUAGUGCACUAUAUAGGGCUCUGGUCUAUAGUAGUGCGCUAUAUAGGGAAUAGGGCUCUGGUCUAUAGUAGUGCCCUAUAUAGGGCUCUGGUCUAAAGUAGUGUGCUAUACAGGAAAUAGGGUGCCAUUUUUUGACACAGACUGAUUUACCUCACAGUGACAGUGGUCCUAUGUAACAGGUACCUUACACUGAGCUGUCUGUCUGCCAGUAGGGUGUAACAGCUGUGUGAUUCAGUCCAAUGUUUCAUAAUAAAGAUGGCUAACCAUUUGG